UUGUUUUGCUAAUACACCGGACUUCACUGGGCGGAUUUUUAAGCGAAGCGUUUUAUGAAAACUUCACAUCUUAAACGUCUUUAUUUAUUUGGUCAAAGUCCACACACGCAGGUUGGAGGAUGGUGCAGAACUACAAGCAGGCAUCUGGAGUGUGUUCUCCAGCCAGCACUGAGGAGUUCUUCACGCCAGCGCACGAGGAGAACGUCCGCUUCAUCCACUACACUUGGCAGUGUGUAAUGAGAGAGAUGCAGACCUUCCAGGGAACUGAAAACAGCAACAAGGGACCUCAGAAGUACGUGGAGAGAACGCCGAACCCCAGCCUGAGCUCUUUCACUCCGGUGGAUCUGAACAACGUGCGACGGCGGAACGCGCAGGACUCCAAAAAGUCUUAACGCUGACACCGUCACGGCUCACACACGGCACCACAAAGCUGUUUCGGAGUUAUUUUACUGAACUGGACUUUAAACACUGUAUGAGGCGUGUCCUGUCCCUGUGCACGAGGGCCUGCGGCCGGUAUUUACUCUUUUACACACGUUCUGUUCUGAGGUGCGUUCUAGAGGCACUGCGUUCUUCCUGUGCUUUAUUUCCUGUACGUUAAACAUUCCUCCUGCUCCGGCGUCGGCUUUUCCCUACAUCUAAUUGCUCGGAUCGGAUCAGCGUGUAACCUCCACUGAGCCGUUAAUGAUAAUGUGGGCGUGUCCCUCAGAAAACACAGCUGUCAGACACCGGAUCGUUUUACCUUCCCGUUCUUCAGCACUGAAACGUUGUUAUAUUGUUGUAAUUAUUCCAUCAUGGAAAUCUAAGUUGUUUUUUUUGUUGUUUAGCUUUUUACUUUGCUCAAAGCAACCUGAGGAACACACUUACUGACUUCCUGUUUAGUUGAACGGUAAAUGAGCGAAUAUUCAUUUUGCACUUUAAAUGAUAAAAAUAAGUCUGUACUCUCUGGUUGGUGGUUUAUUCUAGUGAUCAGUGUUUUUUUUUUUCCCCAAAAUAAAACCUGUAUCAUGUUACAUUAAGAAAGACUUGGGUUUUUUUUUUUUGCAGAAAACUUAAAACUUUGAAUCUGUUAUGAAUUUUAAAUCAAAUCAAAUGUUCUAUAAACUGACUCGGGGCGGGGCUACACAAGCAGUAUUUUUGUGAUGUCACAACGAGUCACUAGAAAUGUUUUUUUAAAGGGAACUUGAAUGCUCCUGGUGGAUAAAUCAGUCAUCGAGGACGUAAAAUUGAUGACUCCGAUACCGAAGCUCCACUCAGGUGUGCGUGGGGCGUUUUCAACUUGCAUAUUCGGGACAUCUAGGAAAUCUGGCCAAAUAAAAUCAAACACACUUUUUUCUGUAAACAUAGUCGAUCAGCUGAGACGUAUUCAUCACUAACCGCUUUGGAACAAAUUAUUCCUGGACGAUGAUGAGGAGCAGAAAUUCAGCGAACGUUAUUGACAAACAGAUCGUCGUCUUUGCUAGCUGUGCAACCAACAAUAGUUCAUUAGGAACUGCUUGUAAAUCCGCACUACUAUAAACGUUAUAUUAGUUUGUAAAAUAAGAUUGUGUCCACAUUUAAACAGAAGUGUACAGUAUUUGUUUAUUGUCUGUGUACAGAAGAGUAAAACAAAGCAGCGAUUUUUUUUUUUUUUUGUCAUUGUAAAUUGUUUAUUCCAUCACCUCAUGUUGUCUCUCCCCUGAAUGGAAACAGAAAGGAACAGACGUUACGGUGAGGUCGUGCAGCGUUUAAACACAGGCAGUGAGCGCUACUUAAAGUGUAAACGAGCCUGACAGCGAGAUCCUCACUCUUUAAACUUCCACUCCUGUCGACACAUGGGGCACUGCUGCUGCACCUGCUGCGAGUUCAGCCACUUCAGGAUGCAGUGCAUGUGGAAACAGUGUGAGCACUGACCCCACACCAGCGGGCAGUCGUCUCCGGGGACUUUACCUGCACACAGGACAACAGCAGGACAUAACGUACAGGUGCACUGAACACACACAUCCAUCCAUCCAUCCAGGCCAAAUACAGCCACCAUUUUAACACUUUACACACAGUGUGUUCUGGUCAAAGCAAGUUCAAAAAAAACAAAUCCAGUAAAGGAAAGGUGGCCUACAGUCCGGACAGCAGCCGUUGAAUGGAGCUCUGCAGAUGCCACAGUUUUCAUCAUUGGCCACCCAGAGCCAUGAGGCCACACCGUGCCACUGCUUUAUCUUCACCUUCAUCUCUGUCUGCUGGAAAUCUACAAAACACCAACAACACAGGAGGAAACUCAGAUUACAACAGGAGGACAUGUCCCAAAACCACAGCUGAACAGGAAGAAGAAACAUUCUGGAUAUGUGAAGGAAUAGAAAAAGAUAUUUUAAAUAUAUUUCAUAUUUAAAGUCACAAGGAAAGCAUGACCUUCAAUAAAUAAUACAGAAAACAAA